AUGAGUCGUCGUUCUCAACAUAGGCGAGAGAGGAUAACAAAACGUCGCUUAAGAGACCUAUCAGACCCGUUACAAAUUUCAGACAUGUUAUUCAGGGAAAAAUAUCGUGUCAACAAAGAUUUGUUCAUGUAUUUAUUAGAAGAGUUAAGAGUGCACAUUACUCCAAGUCAGAGAAGUGAUGCCGUACCUUUUGAAUUAAAGCUUUUGUCAAGUCUCUCAUUUCUGGCCACUGGCUCCUAUCAAAGAAUAGUUGGUAAUGAAUGCGAUAUCUCCCUAAGUCAGUCGAGUGUGUCCAGGAGCCAUUUGACAAUUGUAAAUGCAUUGAACGCUAUAAUGCAAAAACAAAUACAAUUUCCAUGUACUGAACACCAACGAAAUGAUGUAAAAGUCAGUUUCUAUAGGAAAUUCGGAGUACCCGGUGUGAUAGGGUGCAUAGAUGGCACUUUUGUUGCUAUCAUAAGACCAAAAGAGCAUGAAGAUGCAUACUUCUGCCGUAACGGAUACCAUGCUAUUAAUGUUGCCAUUAUUUGUGACUGUGACCUAAAAAUAAUAGGCAUCAAUGCUGCUUUUGGUGGAUCAGCACAUGAUAGUGAUGUUUGGCACAAAAUGUUUCUGUCAGGUUACAUACAAAGAUUGUAUGAACAAGGAGAGACUGGAUGGUUACUAGGUGAUUCAGGGUAUCCCCAGAGACCAUGGCUUAUGACGCCUAUAUUGCAUGCUGAGGAAGGAACACCUGAAGCUCACUACAACGACAUGCACACACGCACACGAUUCACAGUGGAGCGAUGUAUCGCCUUAUUGAAAGCUCGUUGGCGAUUGGAUCAGGCAGCGUUUACAAGAUUCUACUUUAGCACCUUCGAGAAGGAUAGUUUCGCGAUGGGUGCUGCACAACCUCACUGGAUCUCAGAAGCUGGCCGGUGUGCCAUGACAUGA